AUGAGUCAUGAAUCUAAUGAAAAUCUCGAUUCUACCCUGGAAUGGGUGAAUUUGAUGGAUGGUCUCAUCAUCGAAGACGCCUUUCGAAAAGAAAAAAUCAUUUUAUAUUCAUACAGCGAUUUCAAAGAUCUGAAAGUAAUCGGAGUCGGUUCUAACGGGAACGUGUGCAAAGCAACCAUCCGCAGUUCUCGGAAAAACGUGGUCCUCAAACCCAUCUCUUUAACAAAAGAUUAUUCUCAUAAGGAUUUGAUAAAUGAAAUAAAACGGUACCGACAGCUGGAACUUCACGGAAACAUUUUGAAAUUAUACGGGAUCACAAAUCAGGAUCAAAGCUCACACACAUAUCUGGUCGUUUUUGAAUACUCCGAUGGCGGUUCUCUUCGUCAAUUUUUGAAGGAAAACCAUGAAACGAUUAGCUGGCACACAAAAUUACAACUCUCAAAACAGCUUGUCGGCGCAUUAAUGUGGCUGCAUAGCAACGACAUUGUUCACGGACAUUUGAGUUCAUCGAAAGUUCUUGUGUGCAAAGGAAAGAUAAAACUAAAUCCCUUUGGAAUUGUCAGACGUACCAAUGAAUCAAGAGGGUUGAUGGAAAAAUUUAUGGGCCCCGUCCAAUAUGCUGAUCCUCGUUAUCUGGAAAUUUUUCAAUCUAUUGGUUGCAAGAAAAGUGUAGAUAUAUAUAGCCUCGGAAUUAUAUUAUGGGAAAUCUCGAGCGCAAGAGAACCAUAUGAGUCAGAAUCAAAGUCAACUUACAAGCUAAUUGAUGAAAUUUGCAAUGGCAAGAGAGAGACGAUUCUUGAUGAGGUUCCCAGAGAAUAUUCGAAGAUCUUCCAAGAUUGUUGGCAUUCUGAUGAAAGACGUCGUCCAAACAUUGAACAAAUUUUUGAAGCACUUGACAAUGUCGACACGAAAAGUAAAAGUAAACUCGGCGAGAUC